AUGACCAAAGUCAACAUUCCAUCAAUUUUAGUCUCUCCCGAUUCACCUACACCAAAAAGUACAAAAUCCUUUUAUUCGCUCUUUUCUCUAAAAACUCCCUCUAUAAAAUCCCCAUUAAAAUCGCCACAAAAAUCUCCAAUCAAAUCAUUCAAGUCAACUACUAAUUCUUCAAAGAAUGAAAUAAGAUAUGUAUUAAAUGGUGCGAAAAGAGUAUUAACAAAAUUUCAACAUUUUAAUCAUCAUCAUGAAUUAUGCGUAAAGUGUACCGGAUUCAUUGAACAAGUAAUUAAAAUAUUGGAAGAGGUUGGAACUUUAUCGGAAAAUAAUAGAGAUCAAUUAAUUGAAACUAAAGAAUAUAAUGAUUGUAGCACCUUGAUUUUUGAAAUUGAAUAUUAUUUCAAAAAACUUGAUCAAGUAAAUUCAAAUCAAUUCGUAGUUAAGGAAUCUCUCAAAAAAUUCGUUCUUAAUUUGGAGAUUGUUGUUAAUGCUAUCCAGAGAGCCUCUGAACAUUUGAAACCAAAGAAAGUAAGUAAAUGGAGUCCUUCUAUCGUUUCGAAAAUAAAAACGAUUGGAAAAUUGAUGGUUAUGAAAAAGGAAUCAGAUCGAAUUAAAGAUGAUAGCGAUUUCGUUCCUCUUAUGCAUGAGGAGGAACCUGUAAUUCAACAAGGAUUAAAUAUUCCGACCAGUGAAGUAGAAGAUCCGUCAAACAUCCCGACAAGUGUGGAAGAUCCAUCGAACGUUCCGACAAGUGUGGAAGAUCCAAUAGAAGUUCCAGUAAUUGUGGAAGAUCCAUUGAAAGUUCCGACGAGCGAGAAAGAAGAUCCAAUUGAACCUAUAAUUCAACGAGAAGUAAUUAUUACGGAAAGUUUAAUUAGGGAAGACGAAAGUCCAAAUGAACCUAUCAUUCAACAAGAUAUCAUUAUGCCGACAGGUUUCAUUAAACAAGAAUUGAUCAUUUCAACAGGUCUCAAUCGUGGGGGCAAUAAUGAAGGAAUGUUUUUUAAUAAUAAAGUUUCCGAGAAAUGUAUUGGAAUCAUUCCAAGAGAUGAUAUCAAAUUCACUAAAUUUCAAAAUGAAAUGUCAUAUCUCAUGAAAUUAUCAUGUGGUUGUAACAAUAUUCUCUCGGUAAAAGGAUUUACUGAACGUUCGAUUAUGGAUAAUCCUUCCAUUUUGAUUUAUAUUGUGAAUUACUUGAUAAGUUCUUUAUUCCUUAAAUUAACUUAUAGAAAUAAAUAUGCAACAAUGUUGGUUACCGAAUGGGCGGAAUUUAAUCUUCCAGAUUAUUUAGAAAAAAAUGACCUAGAUUGGAGUGCUAAACUUUCUAUCGCUCGUGGAAUUGCCAAUGCGUUGAAUCAUAUUCACAAUUUAAACUUACUUCAUUACAACGUCAAAAGUGAUAGCGUCUUAUUGGAUCAUAAUCUUGAACCAAAACUUCAUAAAUUUGGUAUGGAUGCAAAAGAUUGCAUCUUUUUAAAAUCAGCAAGAUCAUUGAAAUCUUCAAAUUGGUCAGCUCCUGAAGUUAAACGAGGGGGAAAAUACACUUCAGCAAGUGAGGUUUAUAGCUUUGGAGUUAUUCUUUGGGAGAUUGCCACACAAGAAUGUCUAUCAGGAAAUAAAUCUAUCGAUAAAAGAGAUAUUGAUGAUGCGCCAACAAAUUAUCUGACCCUCAUGAAAAGCGCUUUGGAUCAAGAGCCUCAAAAUCGUCCAACUAUGCAAGAGAUGUUUGAUUCUCUGAGUCAAUUGGAGUCUUUUUAUAGUGCCCGUCAACAAAAACAACAAAAUCUUUCGAUAAGAAAUAUUAUAAAUAUAUUACAUACGAAUUCUGUUGUUUCUACCUCAUCUGAGGAUCAUCUCACUAUUGAUUCUGCAUCAUCAUCACGAGUAACAUCACGUGCAAACUCACCGGCACCUUCAAUAUCAGAUCACGAAUAUAUGUUCUUCACCAAUAAUGUCAAUACUACUUCAAAAGUUGAAAAUUCUACCGAUAAUGACGAAUUUACUGUUAGCGAAUCUACUUCAAGUAUUGAAAAAUCUUCCACCGUUAAUGUCAACGAUACUUCAAAUCUUGAAAAAUCAUCAAUAUUUACCAAUCAUGUAGUAGAAUCACCAAUUUCCACUAAAAAUGUCGACUGUAAUUCAGAUAACGAAAAUUCAUCAACGUUUACGCUCACCGAUGACGUCGACUACCAUUCAGGUACCGAAAUUUCAACUUCUACCAAUGACGUCGAUUAUCAUUCAGAUACCGAAAAUUCAACAAUUUUCACCAAGGAUGUUGAAACAAAUGCUGAAAAGUCAACAAUUUUUACAAAUGACGUCGAUUAUCAUUCAGAUACCGAAAGUUCAACAAUUUUCACCAAGGAUGUUGAAACAAAUGCUGAAAAUUCACUAACUUCCACCAAUGAUGUCGAUUAUCAUUCAGAUACUGAAAGUUCAACAAUUUUCAUCAAGGAUGUUGAAACAAAUGCUGAAAAGUCAAUAACUUUUACAAAUGACGUCGAUUAUCAUUCAGAUACCGAAAAUUCAACCACCAUCACCAAUAAUGUCGAAACAAAUGCUGAAAAUUCCCCUACUUUCACCAAUAAUGUCGACCAUAAUUCAAAUAUUGAAAUAUUGCAAACUCUUACCAACGAUAUAAAAUCCACUUCAAAUAUUGAGAAAUCAUCAUCAACCAUUAUCCAUCACGUCGAAUCUGCUUCAAAUGCUGAAAAUUCACCAACUUUCACUAAUAAUAUCAAAUCUACUUCGGAUACUAAAAUACUUACCAAUGAUGUAAAUUCUGCUUCAAAUAUUGAAACCAUUGAUUUGAAUGAAUUUCAGAAACUUCAUAACAAUAAACAGUAUCGUAAAGCAUUUAGAUUAAUUAAUGGUUAUUCCAAACAGGAUCCUAAAGUACUAUUUUGGUUGGGAUAUUAUCAUUAUAAAGGAUAUCAUGAAUCAUCUCCAUAUAAGCAAGAUAUAAUGACAAGCUUCAAAUAUUUAGAAGCAGGAGCAAAACUAAAUGAUCCCGACGCACUAUACUAUUCUUCUUAUAUAUUAUUUAAUUGUUGUUUAAAUGGCAUAGAGAAUAGAUAUGAAAUUGCUUUAAAGCAUUUGAAAAAAGCAUCAGAACAAAAUCAUCCAGCUAGUAUGCUCGAAUUAGGUAAGUAUAUGAUAAAUGGUAAAUUUGGUUGUAAAAAAGACAUUACAUCUGGUAAAACUUUGAUCCGACGGUCAAAGGAAUUAGGCAACAGAUCAGCUAAAUUUAACCAGAAAGUAGAUGACACGAAAGCAAGGAAAUAUCGAAGUGCUUCAAAUGCAUCUACAAGUCCUUUGAAAAGAAAUGUUUAUCAAAAGAAAAGCAGAACAUCAUCAAAUGCUAGCUCAGCUUCUUCCAUAAGAUCUAUGAUAGUUUCUAAAUCAUUUUCUAGCAAAAAAACUAACACAAUAACAAUGGAUCAAUUCAGACAUAGUGCUUCAUCGCAAGAACAUUCGAACUAUUCUUUACAACUUUUGUGA